GCCUUUGUGGUAACAGAGACAAGAGAAGCCAGUGACUCACUGUCGAUCCACACACAGCACAUUGCGACUCUACCUGAGCUGCACCUUGAUCAGCCGAUAGGAGGAAGGUGAUGAGGACAUAAAGGAACUUUCUUAUGGCUUUCGGCUGUUUUUAACUGGCUCUUGACCGCGCAUUUCUCUCCGAUUCGGGCAUCAAAUAAAGUCAGAAUGCAUGUUAUUGAUUCAUAAACACCAGAUGGCGGUGAGCUGAAAUAUUACUAAAACACAUAUGAGUGUGCUGGGAUAGGACGAGGUGUCCCCCGCCACCUCAACGCUUUUAUAAAAACUGCGGACAACUUCGCUUUUAUCGGUGGCGGACCUUCUAUUUUGCUCAUUAAUUUUGUCAGACAUCAUCCGACCUCCUCCUCCUCCACCUCCUCUUCCUCCCCCAACAGUCUCCACUUGAUAAGAGUACAUUCACCGAGGAGACUACAGCCUGCCUGCGGCCAAAGGGAAUCAAAUACCAGUUCAGUCAAGAGCAACACAGGAUUGGACCCCCACAAGGAUGCUACUCCAGCACAGACACCACUAGACGGUCCAAACAGCCGCUGCCAAUAUGUUUAGGCGAGUUUCAGUGAGGCAGGACGAGAAGGAGAGCAGCGGCGGCAGUACAGUAUGCAUGUACACAUCCUUCUGCCACUAAUAGGUUAUGGUGGGGUGGAGUUACUGCUGGUGUUGUGUGGCUUGGAUCUCUCUCUGCCCUGCCCUCGCCACUGCAUCUGCUACACUUCACCUAUUCGUGGCCACUUCUCGCCCACCACCACUAUGUUGUGGCUUUAUUCCAACAACAUCUCCUACAUACAACCGUCCACUUUCCACGGCUUUGACCGCCUGGAGGAGCUUGAUCUUGGGGACAACCGUCACCUCAAGGCCGUUGCUUCAGACACGUUCCUGGGGCUGGGUCGGCUACACGCCUUGCACCUAUACCACUGUGGCCUGAUCACCCUGCCUCCAGGGAUCUUUGCGGGCCUCCAUAAUCUCCAGUAUCUCUACCUACAGGAUAACCAGUUAGAGUUUCUGGAGGAUGACCUGUUCAUCGACCUACUCAACCUCAGUCAUCUCUUCUUGCAUGGUAAUAAACUAUGGAGCCUUCGCCAGAACACCUUCCGUGGUCUGGGAGUCCUAGACCGCCUGCUUCUCCACCAGAACCGAAUCCAGUGGGUUGACCGCCAGGCUUUCCAUGACCUGCGGCGCCUCACCACCCUGUACCUGUUUAAUAAUUCCCUGACGGAGCUAUCUGGCGCCAGCUUGACUCUGCUGCCAGCCCUGGAGUACCUACGACUUAAUGACAACCCCUGGGAGUGCGACUGCAAGGCCCUGUCCCUUUGGGAUUGGCUGAGGAGAUUCAGAGGCUCCACCUCCUCUCUGAUGUGUGUUUCACCACCAGAGCUGAUGGGGAAGGACCUGAAAACGCUGAAGAAGGAUGAGCUGCCCAGUUGCAAGUCAAGCGACGUUCAUGCACAUGGUACCCCAGGAGGGGAGAUGGAGCACGGAGAGUCUUUGAACCACCUAAAUCGUCACAGAAACCAUCACAACCACCACCAGAGGCCAUACCUGCCCCAUGGGGACCAAUACAGCUUGCCUUCACCCUCACCCUUGCCACGACCACCUAAGGGAGGUCGUAGAAACUGCACCCGCCGGGGCCGCAAGGCAAAAUGGGGACUCAAUGAGGUGCAGGUACUAGAGGAGGGGGAUGAGAAUGACUAUACUCCAGACAGAGGUAAAUAUGAUCUGUCUGCAACUGCAAGGAGGAAGAACAAGUGCAUUCCUAGAACUUCUGUCGGCCCACCAAUUGGGGUCCAAAGAGUUAAUAAUAAAGCAAGGUUAAACCUUGCAAAUUUUAUUCUCUGUUUCUCAUCAGCUCUGCUGCUGUCACUUAACUCUGUGAUCCUGCGCUGAGACAGGGAAUGGCCACUUUUGUGCUGGUGAUGUAACCCUAUGAUUCAUUCUCCUGAACCACGUUGCCCUGGCUCUAAAUGAGGCAUGUGUGCAAAACUGUGUGUGUACAUGACUGUGUAAAAAGUACAUUAUCAAAUAUCUACUGUCAAAGUAUCCCUGCGGUAUUAAGGCCGGGAUCUUUACAAGUCAUAAUCAAAAGAUGGAAGUCAUGGGAAACUAUAUAACCCAUUGCUCUGAUGAUGUCACCAAGAGAAACAACAGGAAAACUCUGCAUUUGUCUCUGUGGGAUUGAUUGCUUCACUGAAUUUAUGUACUUAUGAGAACUGUACAGCCACACAAAAUGACAAUCCACUGAUUCAUUCAACUACUGAAAUUGUGAAAAGAACAUGAAAUACAGACUGAAACAGAUUGACCCUUUUGACACCUUCCAUCUGUCCCUCACACUGAGACAAUGGCACAGUCAUUCAUAACCAUCACACUGCUCACUCAACAGCACCUUAAAAUCCAGAACCAAAAAAACUGCAGACACAAAUGGCAGUAAAAUAACUACCACUAUAUUGUGUCUACUAAUAUAGUGGUUUUACUUUCAUGUCGACCUAGUGAAUCUGUUUUAAUGUACAUCUCUAUCCUUGGCUUUUAAAAAACACCAGUAGAAUUGUGACACCUCUGUGUAACUGGUAAUUUUUCAAAUUAUUCAUAUUAAAAUUUGUCUUUUUCCCUGGCAUCCCAUCAGAUUAAAAGCCAUUCAAAACUAACCAGUCAUAUGAGCCAACUGGUCACAGUCAAUGUAAAUGUGUGUGUGAUUGAACAAGUUCUGUGUUUGAAUGAGUGUAUAAAAAAAGCAAAAAAGAAUAAAAAAAACAAAUGGGAAAAAAACACACACACACAAAAGCCAUGCAGGUAGAAUGAAGCUAGUUUGCAAGAGUGCCUAAUGGAAAGCCUGGUGGCCGAUGAGGACAAGUUAUGAAGGUACAGUAUGAGACCUUUUCAUUCACUCUUCGAGAUCACUGGCUACAAAACAGACACCUCAAUGAGUGAGAAAGGUCAGCUCAUGCAGGGCAAGUAAAAGCUAAGGUCCAAUCAUGGCUAAUGGAAAAAUAUCUUUCAAGCAGAGAUGAUUUUAUCUAAAUAGUCACAGGAUGGUUUCAAAUGCUGGAAAGAAGCCCUACAAUCAAGGAAGAGCACUGAUGACCACCACAGCACCGCUAUAUAUCUCCAGCAAUGGUCUAACCAAAUUACUGAACCUGGAAAACAAGAGCAGUUCACUAUCUGUGAGGACCACCACAGGGCAAAAGGACUUAAACUGCUACAGAAUAUCUUUGUUUAUCCUGUCUGGUGUUUAGUGAACUCCAAAACAGAUGGACUUAUCAUUCUCUAAGCCCUGACUGGAGAGUUGGGUUUUAAUGCUGCUAUGUCCAAGGAUCAAAUUCCUGAGGGUUGUGGUUCUUCUUCAGGAAAUAACAAGGACAGAGAGGAUGUUGGGAUGCGGCACCCUGAACCAUGAUCUGAAACAGUUCAAGCACAUACACCCCUAACAAAGCCUGAUCAAUCACCUUCACAGCCUUCCUGUUCCAGGAACUACAAACCCUUGUCAGUCCAUGGCUUUCACACCCUAGAGCUGAGCACCACGGAUGCUGUCUGGGCUCUGACUUUAGACCUGGACUAUUUCAGAGUCACUCACCCAAUGUCUCAAGUGCUCAAUAACAAUAGGUGAAACCUGUACAGGUAAACAUGGGCAAUCCGGGUACCUUCACUAGUCAGUAAAAGUCUCUCUUUCUUACAGCAUUACAAAGUUAUAAAUUCUAUUUUAAGACAAGCUACCAUUGUAUGCAAAAGAUGGCCUAGCUAACAAGCUAAAAUCAUGACAUGCUGACAAAAAGCACAAAAGUAUACUUGUUUGGUUUGCUGGCAACCUUAAAAUACCUGGUAUGGAUGGGAAACCAGUAGCAGGGGCCAAAUUUGUACCCUGUUUGUGUGUAUUUUUCCUGCUAAGCCCCUCAUGUCUAUCUAUUUAAAUGUUGGGGACAAACAUAAGCCUGUCACUGGUGUCAUUCUCCUGACAUGUAGGAUUAGAGACCCCUACUGGUGAACUUGUUAGUGCAGAGGUGAUGUAAACUGUGUCUGUUUAUUCCUGUGAGAAUGAUUUUUUUGUUAAAAAAAGAAAGAAAGAAAGAAAGAAAGAAA